CCUUUCAGCAAACGCCUUUAGCAAUCAGUAAAAGCGUUGACACCAGCAGUAUCACAGGAAAUGCAACUUUUCUAGAAUAUAAUAAUAAUUAACAAGUAAAUAACAGUAAUAAUACUCCUGCCAUCUUUUCUUUUUCUUUUUUUCAGGUUGUAAACUUCCUGAAUCAUCAGAACAGAAGCAUCCUGUGACGUCAUCGCUGCGUCACCUUCCGAAGGGGGAGGGCGGGGGGCGCUCGCGCGCACCAGCAGCUGCUGCAGAGAGCAGCUCGCGCUCAGAGGACGCAGGAUGGAGAACAUGCCGGCCUCCUGGAAGCUGCUCCUGAUGCUCCUCCUCGUCCUCACGGCCUCCUGCGGACGCGUCCACGCAGGCCCAGUCAGAAUGUCAGGAAUCGAACCAGAACCAGCGGCGCUGCUGGAACAUCUUGUCUGAACUGAGACCGGAAAGAAGAGACUUUCCUGUUUGACCUUAAAACUGUUGGACUGAAAUGACAUCUUCUUCUCUUUAAAGAGACGCUGGCUCCAAGCCCGAAGCCGCUGGCGUCCGUCCCCGCUCUGUCAGCUGACAUGAGGAAAGUUGCCGUUCUUAAAAGUCAAAACUCAACCCAAAACGUCCAGCUGCUGAAUCCGGUCAAUUUAUCCCUGGAGUGUUCCCUGACCGCCGACCACAACAAUCUUCCAAACAUCUCCGCUUUCUGGAGCCAGGAUGGACGGGAAAUUCCAGACAGCCGCCUCACCGUGGCGCUGGAGAACCAGCAGUAUCAUCUCCAACGGCUGUUCUAUAUCUCCGGCGAGGAGAUGCUGGGAAGUUACUCUUGUGUGUUUGAGAAUGGCGUCCGAGCAGACUUCAUUCUGGCCACUCCGCCGUUCGGUGAGGUCCGAGAUAAGCCUGUGGUCAGCUACGUCCGCGACUUUGUGGUGCUGCCGUGUAAGAUGGAAGAGGCCAAACCAAAGCCCCUGAGCUGGCGUUGGUUUAGGGGGAAUAAAACACACAAGGAGCAGAUCUCUGAGCAGCCGGAACGAUUCCAGAUCCACAGCGAAGAGCGGAAAAGCAAACUCAAAGUGAUCAACCUGACCCACGAGGAUGCUGGGGUUUACUACUGCGGCGCCGUGUACGCCAUCGGCACCACGAUGAACCCCAUCGAGCUGAAGGUGAUCACCUACCAGGAGCCUCUGAAGCCCUUCAUAGGCAUCCUGAUUGAGGUUGUCCUGUUGGUGGCCGUCAUUUUCCUCUGCGAGAAAAGACGGUCCAAGAAAAACACUUCCAAAGGAAAUGAAGAGAAUGUAGAUCAAAACAACAUCAAGCUGCAGGAAGAAGAAAAGGGAGCAGAAGAAGGAUCUUCAAUGAGACAGCGCAAAGUUUGAAAGCUCAUUUCACGAAGAACUUGAUGACUCUCAGACUUGAGGAGACUCAAAGCAAUAUUUGUUAAAUAAUUUUAUUCACACCAAAGUACAGCAAUACACUCAUUUAAAUGGAGACACUCGUUCUUCAUCAGCUUCAGUCUUUAGAUGUUUCUGUCUCCACUCACUGACAGGAAACCACAUUUCACUUCCUGACUUUGUGCAGCUAAGCGUGCACACCUCCACUGUAGUAACCAUGCAGAUGUCAAACCAUCGUCCUGCUUCUGGAUGGGCUAUACUUUGCUAGCAGUGCCUUACAAUCUAAAAUCCUCUGACACGUUUCAGCUCAUCCUGUUGUUCCUCACACUGUGUUUGCCUUAACAUCAGCUCCAUAGAUAGAUAUCCUCUAAUAUGCAAACGUUUCACCUAGAAUAUAAUCACGUUUACUGUAUGUGGAAAAACGAAUUAAUGUAUUUAAUGACUUCAGCUAUAAAACAGGAGUUCAUUAUGAAUAAAAUCAUGUUAAAAAGAGAA